CGAGCACCUUGAAAUUUCAGUCUAGAUUUUGCCGCGUUGCGAUGCUCGUUUCUCCGACUGCCAGUGAACCUCCUGUGAACUUGCUCUCACUUGACGGGGGAGGCAUACACGGCGCAUCCGGAAUUCUUGUUCUUCACGCGAUCAUGAAAGGCAUCAAGCGGCGUAAUGGACUCGACCGCAUACCCAAACCUUGCGAAUAUUUUCACCUUAUCGGUGGUUCCGGUACGGGGGGUGUGGUCGCAAUCAUGCUCGGACGACUAAAAAUGUCCACUAAGCAAGCCCUACGACGUUACAAUCAAAUUGCUUCAUGUGUAUUUAGGUGCUCGAACCAACGGCAUCUGAAAGAUGGAAGAUUCGAGGCAUCUGCACUGGAAAUGGAGGUGAAGAGCAUCGUCAAAGGAAGAAAGGAAGAUUACAAAGAGGAUGAGCUACUAAUCGAUCCCGAAUCGGGGAACGAUUCAAUGGGAAAUACUUUUUCCUGCGCAUUGAUGGGUGUCAGCAUAAAGUCCCCUCAGCGUCUCCGCACUUAUAGGGUACCUAAUGGAGGUCCAGUCUCCGACUGCACAAUCUGGGAAGCGGUCCGUGCGACCACCGCCACUCCAGCGUUGUUCAAGCCUAUCGAUAUCACAGGAGAUGGAAAUUACACACAUCGAUUCACUGGAACAAGCUUCGGAACCCACAAUCCUGCCAAAGAAGUGAGGGACGAAGCAAUGAUGUUGUAUGGAGGCAGCCGACGCGUUGGGGUUUUCGUCAGUAUCGGAAUGGGAAAACCAGUGAGCUAUGGAUUGCGAGAGACAGAAGGUAUGCAGAAGAUCUUUCGUUCGCAGCUCGUUAAAGUCUUGGCGAGUAUUGCGAUUGAUUGCGAUAAAGUUGCGGAUGAGCUCGCCAGACAAUACACCGAUAUUCCGGGUACGUACUUCAGGUUUAACGUUAGAUACGGGGCGGGAAGAGUUGACCUUGAUGAGUGGGAUAGUAUGGAUGAGGUGCUUGCCCAUGCAGACAAUUAUAUACAUGACCCGGAGGUUUUCAAGUCUGUUAAGGCUGUCGUAGCUUGUCUGUGCCAGGAAGCAUCACGUCAACGGAACUACCCUUCAUUAGCUACGAUAUGCAUGUCUUCGUAAAGAGGGAUAUUAAUAAAAUUAUGGUUUC